GAAAAACGAAGAAGCUAAAACAACAGAUAAUGAUAAGAAGCAAAAGAAUGACCAACUUCAAGUUGAAACGUCUGUUUUGACAAAUAAAAGAAAAUUAGGCGAAGGCCAGGAAAUCGAUUUAAAAAUUACUGCGUUAUCCAAAAAGGCGAAAAAUGAAAAUGAAUGCAAACUUGAACGAUGGGAAUCUGUUAAGGAUAGCAUUGAUGUAUAUGAUGAAUACAUGAAAUUUAUCCUACAAGAAGAAGAAACUUAUGAACCUCCACAUGAUGAUGAUACGCAUACUUCGCUUUUUGACAGCGGAAUGAAGUUUUUAACGCAAAUGGAUAGAGUUACAGCAAUUGAAGAUGAUCUUGUGGAAUUUUUAAAACCAUUUGAUGAUUCUGGAAAGACAGUGACAGAGCAAGAUGUUCGAGCGUUUUUUGAG